AUGUCCGAGCUCCGUUUCCUCCGGCGGAAUCUCCGCAUCCUCGUCCUAAACCCAAACUCAUCCACCAUCAUGACAGACGGAAUGGCCAACGCCAUCCGCCAAAUGUCACUACCAGACGCUGAUGUGUCACAAAAGUCAGUUGAGAUCUAUACCUACACAGCCCCUCCCCACUCCGCCCCAGACAGCAUCAACGACCAGGAGGGCAUCGACCGCAGCACGCAGGCCGUCCUCGAUGACCCCAAGAUCGAGGAGGAGCUUGAGUCGGAUAAGUACGACGGCGUCCUCGUUGCGUGCUUCAGCGUCCAUUGCCUGGUGUCAAAGUUGACUAGGUAUCGACAUCUUGCCGUGACGGGUAUUUUUGAAGCGAGUAUCCUCACGUCUCUUUCGCUCAUGGCUGCGCCGGACAAUGCAGGUAAAUGGGGAAUUGUCACUACUGGGAAGUGGUGGGAGGAUCACUUGUCGCAUGGUGUCAAGAACUUUCUUGGACAGCAGAAGGAUGGUGUGAAUAACAAGUUUGCUGGUGUUUUCUCGUCUGGGCUUACGGCGGGUGACUUUCAUACUGUUCCUCCGGAGAAGGUAAGGGAGAAGCUCAAGGAGGCCACUCGAAAGUUGCUCAAUGAGGGACAAGUGUCGGUUGUGCUCAUGGGAUGCGGUGGUAUGGCUGGUCUGGAGGAGAUCAUCCGAUCGACUGCUAUUGAGGAGUACGGCAAGGCUGACGGUAACCUUGUCUACAUUGUUGACGGAGUCAAGGCGGGCGUCAUGCAAUUGGAGCAGAUGAUCCGCAGCAAGAAGAUCUUCCGGUAA